AAUUGGCCGCAGAUCUACGACCAGACCACCCGACAAACCGCCUGACUACAGAUAUGUUUAGGAAAGACUCGGAGAGAGCUGCGACGCUUGCGAGCCUCGAUCUCAACCUUAAUCAGACAUCUGGGCCUGCCAUUCGAAAGCUACUUGGUCAUCAAAAGCAUCUUCUUCACCGCGACAACAAUAACCAAGGCAGCUUCUAGGCAAACACGCAUCGGAUAGGCGAUCUGGUAGUUCACGACGUUGAUUCACAUGCGCGCCUGAGAUCCAACACACUUGCUACGGUGAAUAUUGCCUUCUGACCGAACUAGCAGAACAUAUUCUCGACAUCUAGCGACACCACCGCCAUUGUCUUCUCCGCGAAGUGUGUGAUUGCGCGAUGCCACAGAAAAAGACGGCUUCCUCUCGGGCUUCUGCUCCUAGGCGAACGGCUCCUUAUUCACACAACAAUUACGUUUGUGAGACUUGCAGAAAAGCACAUAGACGUUGCAAGCACGACCCAGGGGAUGAUCCAACAUACGAUCCAACCAAGAAGUUUAAGCGCAUCAAAAACCAGGGCCAGGAAGGAUCCACUUCACCUGGUGCUAGCGGAGCGAUACCGCAGCCUGCUGUGACCUCUGUCCCUCGAAGCGCUGGUAUGGGUCUUAACGAACAAGGGAAGAAUUACCUUCGAUUACAGCCGCCAUCCUCCCCACGGCUUUCAUUGACCUCUGAGCUUUCUAGCGGUUCCAUGCUUCUCACAGCAAGCACUGGUACCAGCUUUCCGAACACUGCUCACGCCUACUCAAUGGACUAUGAGCAAUUGUUCAUGGAAGUCUUUGAUGCUUUUGUCACAACGCCAAUGCCUGUUCAAUGCUGGCAAAGCGAGUGGCGGGCCAUGCUUGAACUUUCGCCUGCAUUGCGUGCCGGUUCUGUGUGUUCUCAUAUGCUCUACAAACCCUGCAGCCCGGCGCAAAUACAGGAAGCCUUGGAGUACAAGCGCGAAGCCAACCUCUUGGUCUUGUCAGAACCCAAUGAACCCGACACCGAGUAUUGGCGUCGUGCCACUGGUAUCUUUUUGGUUGGUUCACUCGCGUAUUGUGAAUUCACAUCGCAGGCACCGCAUGAUGCAUUCAUGGCUGCGCUGACUAAUCUACAUCCAUUCUUACUACAAUACGUCCAGCGUGGGUUUUUCCCUCCUGCACUUGCGGCAUUGCCAUUUGGAGAUACGCUUGAACGUUUCCCAGUCUUACCAAGAGCUGUCGCUGCUUUGCCGCACAUCGCACAACCCUUCUUUGAGCUCUUCCCGCAUGUUGAUUUUUACACAGGAUGGAGUACAGGCAAUAUACAGAAUCUCAUGUCCAUCACGCUUGAUGCGUGUUUAUAUAUGCAAGACUUGCCAGGUACGCAUGGAAAGCAAGUGAGGAGUCUGGUCGCGCGACUUAUGACUUUCAAUACAUUCAGGGAAGUCUAUCCCUGCGAUGUGAAUCCGUUUGUUGUGCUCAUGACAACGACGGUCUAUACAUUGGCGAUCUUGCUGGAGUAUCCCGAUCGGGAACGGCCGUCUCACUUACGACAGGACCUGCAAGUCAAGCUUGAUUUAGUUGAACGGUCAGGACCGCCGAUUGCAUUCACGCGUUCAGUUAUCGGCAUACUGGACGGUGAGAAUAGUCUCGCGAGAGUAUUACGGGCAAGAUCGUAUUGGGCUUGAGUGCAUAUGCCCAAUUGUAGUUUUAUUUGAUCACACGAGCAUGCACGUAGUUCUAAAUUUGUAGUCC